AUGAGUACCGUCCGUAUAAAUCGCAUUCAAUCGGCUUAUCAUCGACCGGCUCGUCAACGUACUACGAAUGUUCAAGUUUCUCAUAUUAAACAACAUCCUAUUACGAAUAUGAAUACAGGUGAAUCUGAAAUUAAUGUACCUGCAUGGAGAAUCUUAGAUCCAUCAAUUUCUUCAAGACCGUUAAGUAGUUGGCAACGACCAAAAACUACUAGUAUAAGUACAAUAACAAGUACACAUAUUUCAACAGAAAGUUUUCAUUCAAAUGAAAUAGAACGUCUUUUACGAUGUCUCGAUCAUGAUGAUAAACGUAUUGUUCAAGUUGAUUGUUUAGCUGAUUAUAGAAAACUUGUACAAACAAUUAAUUUACGAAAUACACCUCUUGAUGGUAAAUCAUUAUGUACUUUACAACAACGUGAAAAUCGUAUUGUACAACGAAAUGCUUGUCGUGAUAAACGUUUUCGUUUAUUAUUGGAUACACUUGCACCAUCACAUGUAAUUGGAAUUGAAGAAAAUAAUUUCGAUGAUACUAAUCAAAAUAAGAUUUCAGAAUAUCAAUCGAAUGACUAUCCUAUAUAA